AUGUCUGUCAUCAUCGAGCAAUACAACAAGGAAUGGCCGCAGCAAUUCGAAAGUAUCAAGUCACAGUUGGAACAUUACCUUCAGGACGUCGAUUACCUAUCGAUCGAACACGUGGGUAGCACAUCAGUGCCUGGCCUUGUCGCCAAACCUAUCAUCGAUGUCGACAUCAUAGUUACUCGCGACAAUGUCCAGCCUGCUAUCGACACUCUCAUAGCGAAGGCAAAGUUCGACUACCUUGGGGAACUGGGUAUCGAGGACCGUCAUGUCUUCAAAGACCCCAACCAGUCUUUGCGCCAUAACAUCUAUGUGUGCGUCGACGGUGUUGCACAAACGCGCAAUCAUCUCAGCUUACGUGACACGCUACGCUCAAACGUCGAGUUGAGGGAUGAAUAUGCACGUGUGAAGCUCGAACUUGCAGCCAAGACAAACAACAUCAUCGACUAUAUGAUCGGCAAGGGAAAUGUCAUUCAGAAGAUACUCAAAGCCUCUGGUGUUCUGACGAAGGAAGAACUCGCAGCCAUCGCCCGCGCAAAUGUAAAAGGCGAACGCUUUGGCGCCAUCAAAACACGUCGUUUGCUCCUCCGCGAGUUCGUCAUGAAGGAUGAGGAAAGCUACUUUCUUCUCGAGGGAAACGAGCAAAACGCACGUUAUCAGGAAUGGCCCCCACGUACACGCCAAGAAGCUCGUCAGCUCGUCCUGGAGAACAUUCGCAACCACAACGAUGUACCCCGAACCAAGUACGAACUUGCUGUCGAAAACCUCGACGAGCAGUUCAUCGGCCGCGUAGGCGCCAAGACGUCUCAAGCGAACUCCGACUCCCUACCAGGAGAAACCACCAUCAAGCCAGUCACCCAUGCCAACCUCUGGUUUUCCUUCUUGCCUUCUAUGCAAGGUCAAGGUUUCGCUACCGAAGCCAUGACGGCUUUCAUUGAUGCUCUGAAGGAACGACUGCAGGAUCAAGGGAAACUAGAAAUGGAGAUUGAGUGUGAUCCAAGGAACGAGGGAAGCUGGAAGUUAGCAGAAAGGCUGGGGUUUGAAAGACACAGCCUCACGAAGGAGAAAGAGAUGAUCAAGGGGGAAUGGGUGGAUAGUCUGGUCCUGAAGAAGGUCGUUGGAGACGUGUAA